AUGCCGACCGAUGCCUUUCGACGAAGGCCGACCUUACGAGAGACCGAUUUUUCAAAGCACGCUCCGACAAACGACCGUCUUGGCGGGCGACCGACCGAACGAAGACCACACGAACUACCACCCCGACCGGCGACAACCUCAGCCUCGACCAGCCGCACCUCCAACCGAUCGUACAUUCGCCGAUCAGCUCCUUCCUCGCCCCCUGAUAUCGAACAAUUUGCGCCGGCCUCGACUUACGAUCCUCUCACACCGCGCUCAAUUACGACCCCCAACGGCCACGCUACUCGAUCCACGACCCCACACUCAGCUCCGCUGAGCAACACGUUACCUCGAUCUCCUCGCUCAUAUUUGAUGCAAACGAGUGUUGGAAUGAAAGUGAUCUUGCUCGGGGGAUCACGUGGAGCUUUGUUUGCCACGGCAACCAACUUGUUCUUCCUGGCUGAGCUGCGUCAACCUGUUUCCUACUACCUCGUUCAUCACAUCGCAUGCAGUCGUACUACUCUUGUCGAGCUGCUGAGACUGCUUACUUCACUCUCAUCCUCACCUCAACCCUCGCUUUACUUCACCCCAGCCAUCAAUUUGCACCUACUUUACUUCACUCCUGGCUGCACCCAGGACUUUACCUUCAUUCCCUCAGAAACGACAGCGACAAACCAUCUGAGUAUGAGUUCGCAGCAGCAGGAGUGGGAGAGGGUCGGUAUCUCUGGCCUCGAUUCCACAGAGAUACCAGAUCUUCAACCAUACCGCCUCCGAGACACUUUCAUAGACACCAAUCGGCUCGUCCACCCCGAUCAAGUCCCUUCUGUUUUCAACUAUCGCAAUGAAUUCUCCGAAUUCACACCAGAGGAGGAGCUGCGAUUCGCUAUUGCCUUCAAGCACGCCCACAAAGAAUUCGCCACCAUCGCCCAGUACAUGCCUGACAGAUCCGAGUCUGAGUGCAAGGAUUAUUACUAUCAGAAGAAGCAUGACGGCCGUUUCGAUACCCUACCAUUGAACCAGAGGGAAAAGACUUGGCAAAAGCUGCCAGACUUCGACCGCCGCAAGUUGGAGGCCGAGGCUCCAACCAACCGCACCGACAAGGAAGGCAAUUCAGUUCAAUCCCGAUCCGCGAUACAACUCAAGAAGAUUGUCCCUAUCGAGGAAGAGAUCGAUCGACUCUCGCUCAUUCAGGCCGCCCCAAACGCAUAUACUGGCAACCCGGCUUCACUCGCAAUGGUGCAAGCACAUAUUGCCCAGAUUCGAGGAAAGGAAAAGAGGGACGCCAGUGAAGCUGUCAAGAUGAGCAAGAAGAUGAAGAAGAAAAACGGGAAGAGCAAUGGCGAGUCAGCAAAAGAGCCGUCAUUCAACGCCACGCAGCUCUUCGAAGAUAUCCACCGGAGCCUAGGGGGCAUGAAGAGGGGGCUCGUUGACCUCAUGGCAUCGUACGAGGCUGCACUGGAGGGGUAUCGAAUUGGAGAUAGUAGCAACUUAGAGAAGGAAAGCGGUGGUGCUGUGCAUGCACUAAAGAUGCGGGAGAACCAAAAACGCUGCCACUUUUUGGAGGAUCAGAUCACUUGGGUCUCUAGAGCCCUUGUCGCCCUGUUUCUUCCAGACAGGGCUAUCGAGGAGCUGAAGGGCGAUGCGGAGGGUUAUGACCGAUUCGGCGAACUCUUCAUGUGCUUGAUAUCGGCUAGGACUGGUAUCUUCACACUCGAGGCCGACCACGAUUCAGCGGCAUCUCAGCUGGAGAAUCUUCAAACUGGGGAUCCUGAGCUGGAGGGUAUCGUCAAGGAACGUACCGAGCAGCUUCAGGGGCUCGUGGGCGAUGCACAUGCUUUGAUUGAGGCGAUGGGCAGAUCUUUGCUGAAGGAAUUUCAAGGGUUCGAGGAGCUAGCUCAGUUCAUGAGCGACGCUGCAUACACGUUGGCGGGAGAAGACCGUCACGAUAGUGUAACCCAAAUGUCUAGUGGCUCUCGUAGUGGUACCAGCAGCUACAGUUACAUGCAAACUUAG